CGACUACUUAUUAACCAGCCAGAGAGGCCUAUCAAUGUCUGAGAACUCUUCACAGUUCUCUCUUUCUUUCUCAUCUCUUAAGCCAUUGGACAAGGAGAGUUGUGUCACUCAUUUUCCCUCAUUCUCUUACUCUCUUUAUUUCAAAACCCCUCUCUCUCUUACUUUAUCAAUAGUGUUUUAACUUCAGUUUGCUUGCCCUUUUUCUGUGAAAUCAAAAGAGAAUCUGAGUGAUCAUCUCUGAUUUCUUUUUCUCUUUUUUUCCCUAUCUUUAAGCAUACUUUUUCAUAGUUCAUACACCAGUUAACUGCAGUCUUUCAAGAAUUUCUUGCUGACUCCUCUGUGCUUGCUGGUUUAUGUGUAUUUUUGUUUGUGUGAUUAAUUUCAAACCCCAAAGCUAUCAUCUCUUUGUUUCCAAUUCAAUUUUACCAGAUUUUCUCUCCUAGAAAAAAAGAUCUUAGGACACCCUUUUUUCUGGGUUUUUUUUUUCUUAUCAAUUCUCAUGGAAGCCAUGUAUCUUGCAUUUCAUCAUCAUUUCUUGAGUUAUUCUUGUCACCUAUAUGCUUGCAAGUGAACGUUGUUCAUCACUUUUCUUAUUAUCCCCCGAUCUUUCAAGAAAAACAUAGAAGAGUGAAGUGAAACCCUACAAAGAGCAUCAAAACAAGAAGCUAAGAUAACAUCAUCGGCACGAAAAGCAGUAGCUUCCAAGAUCUUUUCAUACCCAAGAAAGAAACUGAUAAUGGACUUGGUUUCCCCACAAAACAACCCAAAUGACUAUCCAAGUCGGAUAGUAAGCUCAAGCACCAUAGCAACUAUGGCUACCAACAAUAACAACAUCAUUAGUAGCAGUAGUAAUAGUAGUGCAACUGCAACGCCUAAUUCUAGCAGUACAACCAUGACUCCACCUCCAUCGACCACUCCAAGCCGGUAUGAGAACCAGAAGCGUAGGGAUUGGAACACUUUUUGCCAAUACCUGCGAAACCAUAGGCCUCCACUCUCACUUUCAAUGUGUAGUGGUGUCCAUGUCCUUGAGUUCCUUAGGUACCUGGAUCAAUUUGGGAAGACCAAAGUUCACAACCAGACUUGCCCUUUCUAUGGUCUCCCUAACCCUCCUGCUCCUUGUCCUUGUCCUCUUAGACAAGCUUGGGGUAGCCUGGAUGCACUCAUUGGCCGACUCAGGGCUGCCUAUGAGGAGCAUGGGGGUAGGUCUGAAGGGAACCCUUUUGGAGCUAGAGCUGUGAGGAUUUACUUGAGGGAAGUCAGGGAUUUCCAGGCCAAAGCUAGAGGUGUUAGCUAUGAGAAGAAAAGGAAGAGGCCUAAGCUGAAGGUACCUGUCCCAUCAUCACCACAACAACAAUCAUCAGCUCCUACACCACCCACACUUGCUGAUGCCACUGCUGCAACAAGUACUAUAUAAUUGGAACAAGGAUAAGGGGUCCUUUUGCAAUUAGCAACUGUCUGGGAUGAUAUGGUUUAAUGGUUUUUGUUUUUCUUUUUAAGGUAUUUUCUCUUUUUCUAGUUCAUCAUAUUUCAAUGGCUUAUAUAGUUUAUCAAAAUGUUAUAUAUACAAUUUGAUGGUAUAAGCCAAUGCCACUGCUAGUCCAUAUAUAUCUUGUAAUUUUCUAUGUUUCUUUUUCAUAUAUUAAUAUGAAACCUGUUCCUAUA